AUGGGCCGACACGAGCACCGAGAUCAUAGAGACGACCGACGGGAUAACCGAAAAGAUUAUAGAGACGACCGGUACUCCAGCGAACGAAGAGACUAUAGAGAUGAUCACAGAGACGAUAGGAGAGACAAUCGGAGGAGUUCCCGAAGAGAAGAUCACAAGGACAGAGACUACAGAGACAAUCACCGCUCAAGGUCCCCUAGACAGUCGCCCGAACACUCACCGGAGCGUCCAAACUACCAUCGAUCAGGUCUCCUUGCUCUUGAGCGAAACCGCGUCACUGUUCCUGCCUUAGAUAAGCCACGUCGCGGGAACUCAGCUGCAGUAGAGACUGUAGUUCUCAAGUACCACGAGCCAGCUGACCGCGCAGCUUCGCCCCCAGUCCCUGGGUAUGCCCUUGUAUUGUUCCCCAAGUCUGGAGACCCGUCUCAAACCAUCCGUUUAAACAAGCAAACGGCCUUUCUGGUUGGAACUGACUCCCGAGUGGCUGAUAUAGUUCUGGACGCCGGGCCACCUGUAGCAGAGGGUAAAAGACCUCGAGCUGAUGCCCAGCACGCUGUGAUCCAGUUCCGAGUCAAACGACGCCGGAAUAAACAAAACCAGACUAUUACAGAAACUGUUCCCUACAUAAUCGACCUGGAGUCUGCGCGCGGGACUUAUCUCAAUGGUGAGGAGGUCCCAGCAGCUUCCUACGUUGAGCUACGUGCGCAAGAUGUGCUAGAGUUUGGAGCGCUGCGUGACGAAUACGUUUUCAUGUUUAAUGAUGAGAAAAAACUAUAA